AUGGCUGAGUUGAUAUCUAACUGUGGUGCAGGUUCGGUGAAGUGGGGACCGAUCUCCAAAGAGCGAGACGACGAGGUUGAGAGAGUGAGGUCACUGUUGUCGGAGACCCAGCGUGAGCGCAGAAACUUAGUCACCCAGAAGAACCUAUACGAGUCUGGACUCUUGCAAGGGAGGGGAAGCACGAAGGUGGCCAUGGAUCUGGAUGAUCCCGAGAUGCAGAAACGGUUGAGGGAGUCUCGGGCCAAGAAGGCGGAGAAGGGAGGUGCUCAACAGGCUGCUGGGAGGCGUCCCAGAGAUGAUGAAGGCCUGGUCUCUGAUGUGCUGGGAAAAAAGAGAGUGCUGGAGGAAGCUCGCCGGAGCGUGAUGGGGACAGGGCCGAGGCUUCCUCCCUUUGACCCGCAGGCACCGCCGAAGCUCCCCUUUGGUAUGGAUGAUGUUUACGUCGAGGGGGUGGAGAAGGUGGACUUCUCUGGGCUGUGUCGGCAGAAGAAGGAGAGUGACCCAAAGGUUCUGGCGAGGACCCUGGCUACCUCCUAUGCAGAUCGGGCCCAGAAGGCGUUCCUGACCCAGGCCUAUGCUUAUGGCAAGAUGUACGUGAAUAUGGCCAAGGCAGAUAAGGAGAUCUAG